AUAUAUCAACCAAGACACUGCCACCCGCAUCAGAUUUCUCGCUGAGAGACUGGGAGAGAGAGAGAGAGAGAGAGAGAGAGCGAGAGCGAGAGAGAGGGUGAAUGUUUCAGUGAGUGAGGCAGAAAGAAGAGACAGAGGGUGAGGAAGACUCCACCGGGCUUUGUGCAACUGAAACGUCGUGUUCAUUAGAACUGAAGAAAGAGCUGUAAACAGCGUUGCUGGAAAGCGUGAGAAAUCUGCAAAGUUAGAAGAACUAUGGACGGGACGUUUAUGUCGGGACGCACUUCUUUGCUGUGCACCUUGCUGCUUCUGGGACUGCAAGUGUGCUGGGCAGUGAAGGUGACGGUCACCCCUAAAGUGGAGGUGAUCCAGGGGGACCCAGUCAAGCUUCCUUGCACCUAUGAGACCUCGGAGAAGUCCAAGAUGAUGGUGGUGGAGUGGCUCAUUGAGAAUGCGGGUGUGAGGACCCGUCUCGUCUUCCGCUCCGGCGCAGAUUCGAAGGUGGACGAUGGCACUCCAUACACAAACCGGGUCACCAUGGGUGUGGACAACUCACUGAACAUCGCUGCCGUCGCCGUGAGUGACGAGCGGGCCUUCAUCUGCCAGGUCAACGGCGGAGUGAUCGGCGUCGCUGAGGCCCGCACCGAACUCCAAGUCUUUUCUGCCCCAGAGGAGCCUGAAGCUGUGGGCACCACCCAGCUCCUCUCAGUGACCUCUGGUGCGCCAGAGAAGAUUGGUCACUGCACAGCCAAGAAUGGUCACCCACAGCCUCGCAUCAUCUGGUACAAAGACGCCAGCCCACUUCCUGAGGUCAAGGACAUCAACGAGGACAUGUACAUGGUGCCAUCCGUGGUGAAGGAGUCUUCCGGUCUCUUCACCAUCAACAACCAGCUCUACCUGAAGGUGCAGAAAGCAGACAAGGACUCCAAGUUCCACUGCGUGGUGGAGUACAUGAUGCCCAACAGCGCCCCUCAACAGAAGAGCUCUCAGACCUUCUCCCUCAACAUGCACUACCCCAUGGAGGUCAUGACCUUUUCCAUAGUCAAUGAUGGUCCAAUUAAAGAGGGCGAUGACGUCACCAUGAAGUGUGUGACAGACGGGAACCCCCAGCCCACAUUUGACUUUGCAGUAGCUGGUAACCCGAUUUCUGGCGAGGGUGGACUUUUGACCCUGAAGAAGGUGACCCGCAACAAUGCCGGCGAAUACACGUGUUCAUUUUUGGACUGCGACUUUAGCGAUUGCGACGAGAUCCCCAGGACCCUGAACCUGGCUGUGCACUACCUGGACCCAGUGGUGAUCGCCCCAGCCGGACCCCUGACCGCCAAGAAGGGAGACGCCGUGGAGCUGCAGUGCAAGACCAAAGCGUCCGGCGACUACACCCUGGUCUGGAAGAAGGACUCCAAGGACCUGUCUCAGACCGGAGCGCUGUCGCUGGCAUCGGUGUCACUGGCCGAUGCUGGCGACUACUUAUGUGUGGGUUCCAUGCCCUCAGUGCCAGGCCUGGUCAAGGAGGCCACUGUCACCCUCGUUGUCUCAGGAGCCCCUGAGAUCGAUGCCCCCACUAACGGUCAGGUGGAGAAGGAGGGCGACAUGGUGACCCUCACCUGUUCUGCCCAGGGACAUCCUGCCCCUCAGUUCACCUGGACGCCAUCUGGCAAAGAGUCUGUGGACAUGAAGGGCAAUGUGAUGGUGAGCACUGUGACCUUGAAGGCCACGGCCGAGGUCAUGAAGGACGGCGUUGUUUGCAAAGUGAGCAACGAACAUGGAGAAGACAUGAAAACCAUCCAGGUGGCCCUCAAGACAGCAGCUGGUUCCAAUGAGGCUGAUAGUGGCAACAGAGGAAACCCUGUGUUUGCUACAGCGGACAAGCAGCAGGGCGGUUCCAGCGGAGUGGUGAUCGCCGUGGUGAUUUGCGUGCUGCUGCUCCUCAUUGUGGUGGCGCUCUACUUCCUAAAUAAGAAGGGCAUGCUGCCCUGCAGCAAGAAGGACAAAAAGGAAGUGGCGGGUGGGGAGGUGAACAAUGACAUCGUGGUGGAGAUGAAGUCUGGAGAGAAGGGCAAUGAAGAGUCGGAGCUUCUGAACAAGUCAGCACAGUGAUGAAAGGAGGACAAGUCCAAGAGGAGGAUGAAGAGGGGAGAGGAGGGGACCGGAGAUGGGAGCUGUGCUGAUUCCACUUUUUAUUUCUGAAAUAGGGAAAAUCAGAGAGAGGACUUUUGGGGAAAAGCUAAAUGGGUUCACGUGAACAAUUUUAUUGGUUUUGUUGGGGAGGAAAGAGGCUAGGACUCUAUAGUUUUUGGCAUUAUUUACUUUUUUUGGAUGCAGUUUUUCAUUGGAACGCAUCGUGUAAUCAAAACGAUUUUCCGAUCAAAACGAAAAAAAAGAUUUUCCCACCAAUUACAAGCAUGCAGAAUAGCACUAUGCAACAGUACAAUACGUUUGUGACUCCUGACAGUGAUGACUGAUAUUUUGCCUACCCCAAAUUGAGACAUACAUGUCCCACUUGGUUCACUGCCAGGUCCAGUCCAAGCAAGUAUUGUACUCUGCCUGUUUUUAAAUGCGCUGUGUUAAGUGCAGUGUUGCAUACAGCUAUUCUGCAUCGUUUUCUGCACUUAUUCCUUUGCCUGGCACCCCGAGGAGGGCAAAAUUAAAUGUUCUAAAUGUUAUUGUUAUUUCAUCCAUGCUGGUGGCUUACGUGAUUGGACCAGAACGCAACCUGCCCAAGCCAUUUCUCUUCUGUCAUCCUCUUUGUGAAAAAGGUCACUGAGGUAGUCAUGGUUACCAGUGCAGGUAAAUGCAUGCAGCAAUUUAUUUGGCAGGCAGCCAUCUUAGAAGUACCCAUUUCCAAUUGUGUUACACUCUGUGUUGCCAAAUUAUUGUAUUUUAACCAUUUUCGAGACUCAAUCAACAUGGUGAAGGCUGCGGAGAAGCCCUAGCCAUUGUUUUCUCUCUAGCUAAAACCAAAAGGCUUCGUUUUUUGGGGAG